AUAACAUCACAAAAUUAAACAACAUAAUAAAAUAAAACAGAAAUUGAUAGUAAAAAUACACAUCAUCAUCUUCUCCUCUUUCCAAUGGGAAGAAAAAUCCUAACUCUGAGAGAAGUGAUCGGAAUCAUCAAAGACAAAGCCUCCCUCUCCAAAGCCGCUCUCCUCUCCACCGCCCCGAUCCGCCUCGCCGUCCUCCGCGCCACCUCCCACGCCCCUCCCGCCGCCGCCGACGACCGCCACGUCUCCGCGCUCCUCCUCUCCGGCGAAUCCUCCCGCUCCGCCGCCUCCCCCAUCAUCGCCGCCCUCAUGCUCCGCCUCCACCGCACCGGCAGCUCAAUCGUCGCCCUCAAAUGCCUCCUCGUCUUCCACCACAUCCUCCGCCGCGGCCCCUUCAUCCUCCAGGACCAGCUCUCCGUCUUCCCCUCCUCCGGCGGCCGCAAUCACCUCAAUCUCUCCGAUUUCCGCGACGCCGCCGCCUGGCACCUCUCCGCCUGGGUCCGCUGGUACGCCAGAUUCCUCGAAACCCUCCUCUCCACAUCUCGAAUUUUAGGAUAUUUCCUCUCCAGCUCAAUUCGAUUCAAUCAGGAAAAUCGAAUUUCGUCGCUACUGAAUCUCGAUUUAAUCAAGGAGAUCGAUUCGCUGAGCCUACUAAUCGAAGAGAUCUCCAGAUCUCCCGAUAAUUUCACCGAGGAAGAAGGCGGCGGCGUAAUCGUGAAGGAGAUAACCGCUCUCUUCCUCAACGACUAUAUUUCCUCCGUGAACGAGUUGCUGCUGCGACUCACCGAGUUGGGCGAGCGAGUCGACUCACUGAGUUUCGGAGACUCGGUCGUGGUCGUUUGCGGAUUGAAGAGGCUGCAGAAUUGCAGGGAGAGGUUAUCGGAUUUGUAUUCAGUGGAGAAGCCUUCGAUCGAGAUGAUGUGGAGCCUGGUUCAGGAGUUGAAGGAUCGGAUAGAGAUGGUGAAUAAAGAAGGUGGGAAAUUUCUCACUUGGCGAACUCGGGAGAGUGGGACUGAGUCGGCUCGGUUUGAGGAGCGAGUUUUGAUUGGGGUUGAUUCUAUGAAGAAGUUUAAGUCGGGGAGGUUUAGUGUGAACGGCUUUUCUGGUUAUUUGGCUUUGGAUAAAUCAAUUUGAAUAUUUUUAUUUUUUUUUCUUGAGAAAAUUUUACAGUAUAGGAUAAUUGUAUAGUAUAGGUGAGUGAUUUUAGAGUAUGAUAAAUUAAGUAUUUUCUAUUUUGUAAAUUCUUCUGUCUUUUUUGUGUGUAUAACAUUAACUAAACAUCAGUUUUUGUGAUCGAAUUAGAAUAAUUUCACCUUGUUGCA